GCCGCCCGCUGUCGGGGCACUGCCGCAGCAGAGCGGGUGAACGUGGUGAAGGCACCGGAUCAACUGGUCGGAAGCUUCUCCCGCUGUCGCUUUCUGUCCUCUUCGCUCAGCCCUUCCUCGUCUUGCAGCGAGCGUUGGCACUGAAGGUCUGAUGAAUUUUUGCUGAUGCAGAGUUCUGCUAAGUCUGCCUUUGGACCAGGAUUUCUGGAAACAUCAAGGAUCCUGACUCAAGGAUGUGUCCUAGGCACCCAGGAUAAUACCUGCUGAGGGGAUGCUGGAAGCUGCUCAGCUGCGGCACAGACUGUUUGUUUGGCGCUAGAGUCCCCAGAGCGAGCCCUGUAGCUGCUCUGUGAAAGUGAGGCUUUCCUCAGGAUUUUAUUCUGCUACAGUUGCUGAAACUGAUAAAACAACUGAAGAGUAAACAGCCGUCCUUUCACUGGGGACUUCGUGUAGUUUUUGGUUAUGGUCUGAUUUGAACUUAAAUCAACGUCAUAAUUCAUUGGUUAUUCGGUUUCGUUUUUACUUGGUGUUCAGCUGGCCCUAGUCAGUAGUUUUGCUUACGGAUGUAAACUAGUUGAAAUAAGGGAUUUUCUGUUUUGGGGUGUCAGAUCUGAAGAAAGGCUGUAAUGUUUUUCAUACCUCGGUGUAGGUAUACAUGGUCAGAAUUGCUGGAGGUCUCCAAAUGAGGCAGUUACAAUUCUAAUGCUAGAAAAUCCACUUGUUCCCUUACUGGUUUUGUCCAGUCUUAAGUGUCAUGAGGAUAGAUUAAUUUAGCAGGACAGGCAUGUGCCUUUUGUAGUUAUGCUUUCUAUAUUUGCAGGGGUGUGUGUGUGGUGAGUUCCCCUCCCCCCCCCCGUUAUUGGUCUAACCUUUUGGACAAACAACUCUUGCAUAUUCAAGGAUGAAGGGACUCAAUCUUCCCAGCUGCUAGGGCUGUCACACAUAGUCUGGGCAAUGUGCCAAAGUCUCUUUUCUACUGGGCUGAUUUCCUCAUUGCUCUUUCAAGCACUAGUGUUCGUGGGGGAGGCAGAUGGCUGCAGGAGUGUGGCACCUUCCAGUAGUAACGCUGCUCUAGGAAGGAGAGGUAGUCUCUUGUUAUGAGGCCUAAAUUGAUUCUGCUGCCUAAGAAAAGGGAGCCUCCUGUUAUGGGUCUGUCUUAUGCUUUCAGAAGGAGUCAGCCCUAAGGUGACUGACUGAUAGCCGACAUUGUUUAUUGAAGAAUACAGGAAAAAUUACCAUUUGCUAGGAAAAAUGAAAACUGAAGAGUACUCCUUUUUCUUUUAGUUAGUUAGUUUCAUUGUGGGUCCCCUCCACCUCCAAAUGUAAAGAACCCUUAAUUCUGUAGAAGAGGUUGGCUCGGAUGCUGUAAGCGGCUGAUGCUGGGCUAUUCUGCAAAAUAAAUAAGCUGCAAAGGAAAGAGCUGGAAGGAACCCUGGAUGUCAUUGUGCACUUGGAAUACAUCUGGAUGUGGUGAAGCUCAAAGCUCUGCUGUUUUUUGGAUGCAGUUAGGGAAGAUGCUUCCUGUCUGCUUGCUCCACAGGCUUUGAGCAAGAAACCUGGAGCUCUUAAGAAGUCUCUUCUCAGCUGAAUGAUUUCUGCUUUUUCUUUUCCCCAGAAAGAUGACUGGAAUUGCAGACAUUGUGAAAUUGUGCCAAAUCACUCCUUAGAGGAUGGUAAUGAGAGCUUGUGGAAAAAACAGCAGCCUAGGAGCUUUUGGCAUUGCCAGACUUUGCUCUGACGUGUCUAGUUGUAGCUCUUGAAAACGCGUCUCGUUCCUCAUCCAGCCUGUGCACCAAAAACUCUCCUAUUCAGAAACUAGAGAGAAAGUGCAAGGACUGACAAUGGCACUGAAUAAGUGCUACCUUCAAGCCUCCUUCCUGUAAAUAAUAGGACCAAACAAGGCGGUGUGAUGAACAUGCCACUGCAUCAGAUCUCUGUCAUUCCAGCUCAGGAUGUUACCUCUUCCAGAGUCUCCAGGAGCAAGACCAAAGAAAAAGAGGAACAGAAUGAGAAGACUUUGGGGCAUUCUGUGAGCCGUUCUAGUAACAUCUCAAAGGCUGGAAGUCCAACCUCUAUCUCUGCUCCUCAUAGCUUCUCUCGGACUUCUGUUACGCCAUCCAAUCAGGACAUCUGCAGUUCCAGUGCAGUGUUUUCUGAAUGUUGUCAUCACAGUCCAGUGCAGUCUGCUGUUGUCUUGAAAAAUCCUCACUGCCAGAGCUCUCUGACACAAGGGGUCACUGUGACAGUAAUCUCUCAGGACACGUUACAUGCAGCAAAGAGAAACUCCCGUGGGCAGGACUGGGUCCAGGCACUCAGGCCUGCUAAGAAUGUAAAGUCCACCCGCACUCUGAAAUUCUCCAAGUCCCUCAAUGACGUGGACCAGAAGGCACAGAGCACCAGUGAGUGCUUUGACUAUGUGGAGCGAACAUGCUCAGAAGGCAAAUUGACCCCAACUCAAGAGCAGUGUUUAAGGAUUAACAAAUUCCAUCUUAAAGAAAGGAAAUCGCUGAAUCUCAGGCCUCUUUCUUUUAGCAAUUCUAAAUACUCCUACAUUCCUUCCCUUUCCAACUACUCGAAUGCAUCGGGAGGAGCAGAGAACCACAGCACUGUACAUAUCCCCUUGCUGGAGGACAAGGUGGACCAUGACACCUCAAGAAGCAAAAAACUGUUGCGCUACCUUUUUUCCUUCUCCCACACUUCCAGCGCUAGCAGCCUGCAUAAGUUCCUCGAACUGGAGAGCUAUUCUAGUUACUUCCAAGCUGAGAAAUCCUCCAGUGUGCUGGUGGAAAGCACAGACUUCUGCUCUGAUGAUAUGGGAGAUGAUGACGUCUUUGAGGACAGCAUCUCAGUGAAACUGAAAACAAAAGAGCAGCGGGCGCCACUCUGUUCAGUUGAGAAGGACAGUGACCUUGACUGUCCUUCCCCUCCCUCAGAAAAAUUUCCCCCCCUCUCCCCUGUGUCUACAUCGGGGGAUACCUGCAGGAUAUGUCACUGUGAAGGAGAUGAUGAGAGCCCUUUGAUUACCCCCUGUCACUGCACAGGAAGUCUUCAUUUUGUGCACCAAGCCUGCUUGCAGCAAUGGAUCAAGAGCUCAGAUACACGUUGCUGUGAACUUUGCAAGUAUGAGUUCAUCAUGGAGACAAAACUGAAGCCUUUGCGAAAGUGGGAGAAGCUGCAGAUGACAGCCAGCGAGAGGAGGAAGAUCAUGUGCUCUGUGACGUUCCAUAUCAUUGCCAUCACCUGCGUUGUGUGGUCUCUGUAUGUCCUGAUAGACAGAACUGCUGAGGAGAUAAAACAGGGACAGACUACUGGGAUUCUAGAAUGGCCAUUUUGGACUAAGCUGGUGGUUGUGGCUAUUGGUUUCACUGGAGGACUUCUGUUCAUGUAUGUACAAUGCAAAGUGUACGUACAGCUAUGGAAGAGACUUAAAGCUUAUAACCGAGUAAUAUAUGUACAAAACUGUCCAGAAACUAGCAAAAAGAAUAUUUUUGAAAAACCUGCACUAAUGGAGCCAAACUUCGAAAGUAAAGAAAUGCUUGGGGUUCACCAUUCAGAUACAAACUCUUCACAUUACACAGAGCCAGAAGACUGUGCUGCAGAAAUCCUUCACGUCUGAUUGCUGGGUGGGAGGGGUGUUUCUGUAUGUCCUUGAGGAUUUAAAAUAUUGUUUACUGAAAACUUCUCUACCUUUUUAAAAUCAGCUAACAGCUGAGGGCUGUCAGAUGAAUUUUUUACAUUUGUGUUUUGUUGGAAUUUUUUUAAAUCCCCUUGGCAUAUCUGUCAGUAUGUUAUCAUGGUUGCACACCUCUCAACAUUUUGUCUCUUGGACUCGCCGAUCAAAGAGCCACAGGAUCCUAGGUAGUAUGAGCCUUGGUUUUGGUAUCAAGCAAGCCACUGGUGAACUGUUAUCAACUCUAUGGAGUCUGUUACUUUAGAAGAUGACUCGAAAUGAAUCUGGAAUGUGUGUUGUGUUUUUUGUUUUUUUCUUUAGCACAAUGAAGGAGGUUGCCCCAGACCCCAAGGGAAAUGAGAGACCUAGAAUCUAACCUACCGCUGACACUGCCACUAACAUUUUGUCUUAGGCAGCAGGUGUAAAAUUAUGCUUUACAUAUUGUGGCAAGACUCACAAAGCAUAUAGCACUUUUAAAAAUUUUUAUUUUGUAAUAUGUAUGUCCAUUGAGAAUGAAACUUGAAAGAAUGUGUAAUUUUCAAAACAUUUCUUCAUUCUUUCCGCAUCCAUUCUACCAGAACAUAAACCUCUUGCCUUAUUUAAAAAAAAAAAAAAAUUAAAAAGAAUUCCCUCAUGUGAUUUCCAACACAUGCCCACGUUAUCUUACUAAGCAUAACACUAAAAAAAUCUGCCUCCUUGAAUUUCCUUUGAGGAGCAAUUUUUUCAAAGGAUAUUGCACUUGUGACUUGUAUAUGGAGAGUAGUGGAUGUGUACAGUGUUUGUUUUCAAUGCAUAAUGGUUUCAGUGCUCUGUUGUGGGGACUGGUUUUGCUUUUUUUUAAAAGGUCUACUAUACCAUCAAUGGACCUGAACAUAUAUACCUGAUGUAACUUUAAUUCCAAACCAAUGGCAAAGGGUUUGAUGCUACAUUGGUAAAAAUGUGAGCUGUUAUGGUAAAAAAAAACUUUAUUAGUCAAUACAGCUGAAACUGGUUUCCCUUCUUUAAUGCUGUGUCAUGUGUGAAUUACCCAGGAAUUUGUCAUUGUGAGAUAAGAUGUUGAGAACAGAGUCUAGGAAGUAACUAUUGCAUUAAGUAGAUGAGUUAAAAUGACCUGCCUGUUUUCAGUCCUUAUGGUGGUGCAUUAUGUGGUCAGAGAAUAAUGUAAUCUGUUGUUUUGAAUUUGGAGCUGACUUUUUAAACUCUCUGUGCUAAUGAGAGAAGGGACAGUUAAAAUCAUUUUGAAGAGCUUUAGACAGAGUUGCCUGAAGACUGAGGUGUCUAUUGGUACUCACUUAACUGGUGUGCUUUACUGAACAACUGUCUGGGUUCAAGCCCUCGUUUAAACAGUAUCUGCUGUCAGUGUGACUGGAACAGAAGCGAAGCCCCAGAUGCAGAGCCUCUGCCUAUGAAAGCUUGCUUUCUCCACUUGAGCCCUGUCUGACAGAAAACAAAGUCAAUGGUAAUCUAUUCGGUAAUCUAUUCGGUCUUGGUAGGAGUUGCCUGGACAUCUCAGUUAGUUAAAAGCUUUUUUUACUUUUUGAGAGGCUGAGCUAAAUCUCAAGGUCCAGUUCAGGUUUUACUUGGUCCUUUUUCAAAUAGAACCUUCAUUGAGCAAGACAUUUAUAUAAUAAAAACUGUUGCUUUAACUUCUCCCCAAGAACAGCAAGAGGUCAGUGAAUUUUCCUUAAAAUGUGAUAAUAAUUUAUUUCUAGGUUAAUCUUUGUUUUAAAAAUUGGCAGGUUUCUUAAAUGGCAGAGAGGGGGCUAUGCUAAGAGAACGCACACCAGUGUUUUCUAAGAGCCGUUACAGGAAAAGCGUGUCUGUGUGUAUGUGCGAGAUCUCAUGCUUGAAGCUUACUGGCUGUGAUCUUCAUGAACAACAUGGUACCUUGUUCUUGAGAUGUUUGGGGGGAAAAAAAAAAACAGACCUCUCUACAAUCCUAGCAAAGCUGCAGUGACUUGGGCUUGUGUGCUGUGCUAGGUGCCAGGAUGCCCCAUGUGUAUGUGAUGUAAGCAGGCAAACCCUGCCUACCCUGCUAGUAUCUGGCAGCAGUCUUCAUGACCAUAUGCAUGUAGAGAGUGUUGUCUAUGCCAGCCAUAUUUCAAAGUGCAAUUACUGGGGUCCUUCCCUGAACUCUGCUGUAAUUGAUCCUAUUCUAUUAUUAGAACCCAGAUAAUAAUACAGUCUUUGUUUUGAUUGCUUUGUUCUGUGAAAAGAUUCACUGGAUGAACUCAGGUGGGUUAAAUAUCAGGUCUUACACGCCUUCAUCAUGUUCUUUUUAAAUGCCAUAUGUGCAACGCUUAUGCAUCUGCAAGAUGCUCGUGUUAAACCUGCAAGAUGUAGAGAAGCAGCUGCUGACUGAUGCUGUGUGAAUUCUCAUCUGAUCUCUGGCCAGUAGGUGAAAGGAAAAUGACAAAUUCUGAUAUAAAACCUGUUUGUUCUUCAGUUCACGUGAGAGGUGCUGGUGUCUGACUGGUGUUCUGAGAAGUGCUGAUAUGGCAUAUUGUUACAUGCUGUCCUAUUUCAAUCACUGUCAUCAGUGAUUCUCGGUGAAACAUUGUGAAAUCUUGCUUGGCGUUUUGGAAGGUCUGUGUGGCAUAUGCUAGUUAGUGUUCAGCACGUUCAGGGUACUGAUGGCUUUUGCUGUGCCCUUGUCUAUCUUGGGAAGGAAAAUCAUCUCCAGUAAAACUGGCUGGGGAAAAAAACAGCCAGAUGAAACUAUUUCAGUCGGUGCUGCCAUUAACCAUUUCCUUUCCCUGGUACAUCUUUUCUGAAUGAAAAUAAGACCUAAUAUUUCAACUCUUUAUAUCUGUUGGAACUGCUUAUAGCAGUAAGGGCUGCAGAACAGAUCUCUCUGUUGGGUGCUGUCACUGAUUUUUGCUUAUGCUGGUGACACUUGUCAUGUUGCUUCAUGUUUGGUGUUAACAGAGGGCUUCUGGAACUGCAGUUUUCUACUUUUGCAUGGUGCCAUCAAAUGACGUAAAAAGGCUAAAUGGUGCUUUUUCCUUCUUUCUCCUGAAGGAGAAUCUGUUGACCUGUUUUCAGCUUCUUGCUGCAAGGCAUUGAUGCUAGCUCAGGUGAGCUCCCUCCUUCCCGCCUGGCCAUCAGCACCAGCAGUGACCAUUCCUCACCAGACCACCCAUUCCCAACCCUUCUCCUGGCAGCUUUUCAAGCGACUGGAGUAGAAGUCUGACCUGUUUUGGCCAUGGUUCUGUGGCCAAAGUCAGUCACGUUCCCCAGGACUUCUCGGAGACCAGAAUUUAAGUAGGAAGGAAUAUAGGCUUAAUAUCGUUUACCCCGACCCUUUCCCUAGAUUGUCAGAGCCUUUCCUGAUUUACCCCGACCCUUUCCCUAGAUUGUCAGAGCCUUUACUGAUUUGCCCAUAGAUGUAAAUGCUCUCGGCAGCUGACCAAACUUCCCUUCUGUUGUCAUAGCAAAGUCGUGUCCAAAAAUGCAGAGGCUGUGCCAAGGAAAUUUUCUACCGGAAAGUAUAUCGGUAUAUCUGCUGGAGCAUGAAUGUGCAUUAUGUUAGAAGUACGGGCAAGUGCUGCAAAAGGUUGAUCUGCUUUAAGAGAUCAUGAGAUAAUAAAUUCCUAUGACAUCUCAGGAUUUUCUUCAACUGUAACCUUGUGUUUGGGGGGUCUGAAGUGUUACUCUGUGCUCUGAAGAGGUCAUCCAGACCUGGAGAUAGCUUCCCAUGGUUGAAUGGCUUUCAGGUUAGCUUUGCUGCAGCAUGGGGAUUCAGCAAAGGUUACACAGAGCCUGCCAGGGUUGGAGAAGCGCUGGGACUCUGCUGCAGCAGGAGAAAUCCUGGGAAAGAAUAGUAACUGCGUUUCCAACCCUCCUACAGCUAAUGCUGCUGUAUGGAUCAGGCCGUCAAUGCUGCUUGUCCUCCUGCUGUCAGGAAGGGGAUGGGCUCCCUGUGCUGCCCUUGGGAAACCCUCGCAGUGAGCAGGAAGUGUGGAUGUGGCCACACCUGGGAGCUGAGUUUCUAUUGCCCUGUGCUCGGAUGGAUAAACAUCUGUUUCAAAGUGGGAGCCAGGUCUGCAGUUACCUCAGAGCUGAGGAGCAUUACGUAUUUCUGGCGUAAUCUGCUGUGGCCGGCGAUGGAAGGGAGAUCUGUCAUUCUGUGUUGGGCCCCUCUCAAAUAUGGGUGAAACAGGGCAAAUACAAACACAAAGACAUUGCUGGCUGGAUUUUCACAGAAUUAUCCUAGUUAUGCAAAGAAUACUUCUAAACAGGACCUUUUAUUUUGUGGUUAUUUUUUAGUUUUGAGAUAUUGAGGUGUCUGUAUAUUCCAAUGAAGUACUGAAAGCACUUGUCUUUGUAUAGGAGAUAACUGUUUAAAAAAUGCAGCUCAUCUUGUAUUUAGGUAAAACAUUUGUAGAUAGGUGAUUGUGUAAUGUUAAUCAACUCUGCCCUGGCAUGUGGUAUAUAGUUUAUACAAGACACUUCACACUUCUACAGAAUUUUUUAGCUAGUAAAUUUCUAGUGACUUAAAUGUAUAGUUUUGUAUCCUUUCAUGUAUGUUCAUUUCUCAGUAUUGCCACUUGCAGAAUAAUUUUUAGUUUCUUAAACUGUAAUUGGUUAUUUGUGUGUGAUACACAGGGUUAUUGACUGCAGC